AAAUUUCCAAUCCCAUGCAGCAAAUAAACCCCUUGCCCACUUCGCCCUACCCAGAUCUACACCCAUUUCCCCCAGAUCCACCCCAUUUUCCACCACCUUCCCGAGAAAAUGUCCCACAGCGACACCAUACCUCUCCACCCCUCCUCCCAAUCCGACAUCGAUGAGAUCGAGAACCUCAUCAACGCCAGCGUCCAAUCUGGCCCAGCCACCGUCUUGCCUGCCAGACCGCCAAGCCCUCCGCGGGCCUCGAUUCCGGUGUCUUCCACGCCCUUCAUCCAAUCCAAUAUUCCACCGCCCACCUACAACAAACCCCCCGUGGUUCCGGCUGUGGUUCCGGCGGCGGUGCCGCCGCCGUUGCCAAACACCUCGAAUUCGAGUUCUACCCGCCCGAGUAUCGGAGCUAGCGGGUUCGGUUCUCAGGCGAACACUUUGACGGAGCCGGUGUGGGACACUGUGAAGAGGGAUCUGUCUCGGAUUGUGAGUAAUUUGAAGCUGGUGGUGUUUCCGAACCCGUAUCGUGAAGACCCAGGAAAGGCUUUGAGGGACUGGGAUCUUUGGGGACCGUUUUUCUUCAUUGUGUUUCUGGGUCUUACUCUGUCGUGGUCGGCUUCGGUGAAGAAGUCUGAAGUUUUUGCUGUUGCAUUUGCGCUACUUGCAGCUGGUGCCAUAAUUCUGACUUUAAAUGUACUACUAUUGGGUGGCCACAUAAUUUUCUUCCAGAGUAUUAGUCUUCUGGGCUACUGCCUAUUCCCACUGGAUGUUGGAGCCCUAAUCUGCAUGUUAAAGGACAAUGUGAUAGUGAAGGUAAUUGUGGUUUGUGUGACAUUGGCUUGGAGCUCAUGGGCUGCAUAUCCAUUCAUGAGUUCAGCAGUCAACCCUCGGAGAAAAGCUCUUGCACUCUACCCUGUCUUACUCAUGUAUGUAUCUGUUGGGUUUCUCAUAAUUGCAAUUGAUUAAUGCACCAUUGGUGGCCACAAUACAAAUUCCCAUAGGACGAUGAAAUUCACAUGCAAUAGUAGGCAUUUUACAUGUGCUAUUUUGCUUCUGGUGGAUUUUCUUGAACUUCUCUACUUCUGACUUGAUAUGUCUGGAGACUCAAUCUGCCAAUAUUAUAUUGUAUACUCAUUGUAUGAAAUUUUUACUUGGAAGUGGAACCAGUGUUGUGCUA